AUGUCGGCGAAAGGCGCGAAAGCAUCGCCAUCCACUAUGGCCAAAGAAGUGACCAGUUUGCAGGUUUCUUUGCCUCAAAUGCUGGAUCUUGCGUUAGGAACGCCGGAGGUCGGAGCGGUGAAUUUGAAUAUUCUCCACAAUUUCCUUCAUAUACUGUUGCAACAGAUCGAUUUGAAAUCGACGAAGGUCGAAUAUCGGGGCGACGAAGCGAACCGUAUCAAGACGAUGGUGAACUCACUAAAACCGGGGCCGUCCCUUUACUUUCAACAAUAUAACAUUAUUAACGGUUCGAAGAAUGCAAAGCAACCUGUCCGUGUUUCCGAGUCUGCGACCGUGAAAGUCGACGUAAUAACGGGGGAAGAAGCUGAAUUAAAGAAAACGAAAGGGAGCAAACAACAGAUAGAGUCUGGAAUCGAAGGCGAACCUGAAACUGUGGUGUAUGUGGAACCGAUCGUAAACGGAGUUAUACCUACGGCAUUGGGAUUUAAACGGCUUGAACAUAGUGUGGAGGAACUUCAGAAGCGUUUUCAUGCACUAGAAGAACUGACAACGAAUCCAGAAUUGAUACAGCGUAUAAAGGGUAAAAUGACGGAUCCCCUAACCGACGUCUGGAAUAUCAUUAAUAUCACAAAACGAUUGGACGCUAGUGAGCAAGGUAUUGAUAAGCUGACAAGUAUGGUGCAAGAUGUGUUCAAAGGUGAUAAAGUCAUCGCAGACACACCAGAAUCGUCGCAGCUCGAGGAAAGAUUAACAAACUUAGAGGCUGUUCUUGAUAACAUGGAGAACGUUGUCAAGAACUUGCAAGUAAUCGCAAAUGUGAGCGGCGAGGAGGUAGAACCGACGGGGGAAGAAAAAGAGCAGCCAGUGCAGCAGCGAGUUUCUUUGAGCCAUCUAUUAGGCGGAUUAGACAUAAAAGGAAUGCACGAUGACGUAACCACAUUGCAAAAGGACGUUUCAACAAUGCGAGAAGACAUAAAGUCUUUGCAAGACAAAGUUACCGAAACCUUGCGUGCGUCUCCGUCCACUCUACAUUCGACGGCGCAAUCAGAAUCAAAGAAGCAAAAGGACGAAGUAACUGAAGAAACACCGAGUAAAGUGGAGACGGUGCCUGAGGAAAUAACAGAGCCGAAGAGACCAGAAAAACCGUUGAAAGUACAAAUACAAAGGGACUCGGUGGAUGUCGAAGAGAUUGUACAUACGGACGACAUGAAAUAUAUCCACCAGCGCGUCGUGAAGUUGGAAAAAGAUGUGUUGUGUUUGAAGGAGAAAAUGGAUAAUACGCCUAUGGCUGGCGUGACCGGUAACGCUGAGCUUGAUGAGUUGGUCUCGAAGAUUCAAAGUGUCCAGACAGAUAUGGAGAAACUGAACCAGACCGCGGAUCGUUUGAUCGAUGACAGGGAGAAUCGUGAAGUGCAUCUUAAUGCUUUACUCGAACAAAUAGAACUUCUGAAGACGAUAAAAGCUGACAGAGAGGAUCUCGAGGACGCGCUCGCUGAGAAGGCUGAUGCUCAGGCAAUACACAGAAAGGUUUCACACGACCAAUUUGAUGCCGCUUGCGACGACUUCGCUCAAGGUCUCGAGGACGCCAUUAAUAAACUGGGAAAACAGGAAUCAAUAUGGCAGCAAGCACUGGACGAAGUGCAGAGGGAGAUCGAGGGAAAAGUUGACAAGAUAGAAAUGACACCGUUGAAGGAUUUCGUGAGUCAUCGACUGAAAGCUCUUCAAGAUAAGUUGAAGGGCGUGGCUCAGAUGCGACAGGAUGCUGAAGCCGCAGGAACAAAGAAGUUGCUCAGGGACGUUCAGUGCAUAUCCUGCGACAAGAAUGUGGUCAUGAAGGUGCAAGACACGAACAAAUUGAAAAUGGAACCUUUGCCAUGCAACACGAGUAUGAAGCCGUAUCUCACCUACGAAUUGGAUCAAGUCAGAAAACAACACAGACGAUUACCUCACAGCAGAAAUAUGAUUCAAUUUGAGGCAGCUAUGCAGGAGGAAGCGAAGAAGCAAAAGACCGCGAGACAAGAGACAUUCGUAAAGACUCCGAGAGAUCACCUGUGCAAUCGAUACUGUGGCGGGAGUCACACGGUCACGACACCUCAACAGAGAGUAACGCGAAUGGGUCACUUUAUCAAUCAGUGGGGACCUGAAGUGGUACAGCUGACAGAAGGUAUGGUGAAAGGAACAGAUGGAAAGAUGUACAGAGGUCGUCCAGUACCACGGCGAUGA